GAAAUUAUGUUUUCAAACCCAUAAUAAAAAAGUUAUCUGAGAAGGAUCGGCUUAGUAAAACCAUUAUAAAAGAUUGAAAUUACGAGGAAAAAAUAAAGGGACAACUUUAUAAGAGAGAGUGCAGUAGACUACACAGACCUCUCUUGGUUAACCUCUUUGAGAAACAGAAGAUAUGGGAAAUCAGAAGUUCUCAACUCUUGGGCUUGUUUUCUGUUUGAUUUCGUUCACAAUAUACAUUCAAGGAACUGUUGCACAGGGUUGUACCACAAGCGACGUCCUCAGCUGUAGUAAUACCUACACCAAUGCUUAUCGUGCUGCAGGAAACGAUCAUGGAAAAAUUUGCAGAACGUCUUAUCCGUCAUCAGAGAGGGACUGGAAAGGUUUCCAAUCAACCGUGAAGAUGAUGUUGGCGAGUAAAAACGCCACUUUAAGAUUGGGCUGUUCAUCCUGCCAUCUGUGUAAUCGCCACUUACGACCACUAAAACCACUGUUCAUACGUGCAGCUAAUAAGGCUCUGAAUUGUCUAGACAAUGUGCUGGCUGCCUGUGGAACGGGCAGUUCAUCAGUUGAUUCUGCAAGACAAUACGUUGACAAUGUAAGGCAAGCCCUCAACCAAUACGCGUGUGGUGUUGUUGGUCUCUUUUUCAAUUUGUCGGUUAUGGCAUUAGGACUCGCGUUUACAUACGCUUUCAAAAAGUUCAAUGAUUGAAAUGAACUUAACCAUGUUAAAAUACAAUUUUGUAUGCAUAAUCUAGGCUUCAUCAAACGAAUAUCCUUAUUGGUAGACAAAUGUAACUUCUUUAAAUGCUUGUGCAAAGUUUAUGUGAAAAUGGUAGAAAAUAAUUAAUUUGUUUUAAUUAAAAAUAUUAAAUUUGUAUUGCUUAGCUAUGAUUAUACAAAGUUUGUGUAUAAAAUAUGUAAGAUUUGUCAUCUUUGCUCUGAUUUUUUUUAUAGUUUAUAUUUUUACGACUUUUAACAUUAGGCUUAUUAAUCUAACAAUUGUAUGGUCUCAUUAUCAAAUCUUCGGUGACAAUAUCGGUGUAAAAAACUCUAUUUCAGAUCAUUGUCAACAUUUUCAUCUUUAUUUUUGUAAAUUAAGCAGGCAAAUGUUUACAGGAUUAUAAUGUUGUUACAGACUUAGAGUAAUGCUUAAUAUAAUGAUAAUGCAUUGCAAUUCAUUACUUGUACUUGAAAUCAAAGUCAUGCUAGUGAAGUGUAAUACCAAAAAAAUCUGUAUUACAUGUAAUAGUUGUGUAAUGCAUAUGCAUUACUUUCGAAAUUUAGCUUAAUAAUGGUAUUUUAGGGGAUAAUAAUACAUUUGUGUAUGCUCGUUAAUUGAAAAAGAAUUCAAAAUAAACAUGGAAAUCAUUGUUAAGAAUAACAUAUUUAUAUGAAAUAAAUAAAAACGAAAAAACUAUUAAAUUAUUGAAUAUUCAAACGAAUGUUACUUCUAUAAUAUAUGUUUGAAUAAAAACUACCUAACCUUUGAA